UCAUUGUUCUUUCUGAUUUUCCAACCACUUAUUCCCUUGCUCCACUUUUUUUUUCUUUUAUAUAAUCAAAACAUGGAAUCCAUCUGUACUGAUGCCCAGAAGGAGGCUUUGCAACAACUGGAAUGUCUAUUUAAUCUGGAUAGUGACCAACUUCGAAAGUUUGCCGACCACCUUGUGGAAGAGCUCGAUGAUGGGUUAAGGAAAAAGGAUGAAGAUUCGGCUAUUGCUAUGCUCCCUUCGUGGAUUACCCGUCAUCCCACUGGCCAAGAGAAAGGUCAAUAUGUUGGACUUGAACUGAGCGGCUCGUAUGUCCAUUUGUAUCUUGUUGAGCUACUGGGUCAAGGCCGUACAUCAACCCGUCAGCAAAAAUACCUUGUGGCCGAUCGCUUGAAGAAAGGUUCCAUCCACCCAUUGAUUGAAUUUAUUGCUGGUACCAUUGGCAAGUUUCUGGACUUUAUUGAUAUGAAGGAGAACGCGGGCGGCAUCCCCAUUGGAUUGGCGAUUUCCUUCCCUCUUCAUCAAACGUCCCUUCAGAAUGCAGUUGUCCUGAAAUGGACCAAGGACUUUGAUAUCACCGACGCCAAUGACAAAGAUAUCGUGGCCCUCUUACAAACAGAAUUGCAGAAACGCUACAUUCCUAUUACGAUCAAAGCCGUACUCAACGGCACCGCUGCCAGUUUGUUGGCUCACAGUUAUCGUAGCUUGGAUACACUGUUAUCUUGCACGGUGAGCACGGGUACCAAUGCAGCCUAUUGGGAAAAGGCAAGCGCUGUGAAAAAGUGCAAUUUUGAAGAUGGACAAGAAGUGAUCAUCAAUACUGAAUGGGGAACCUUUGGCCGUCAUCAUGAGCACUGCUUGCCUCGUACAUUUUAUGAUAAUCGUGUGGAUCGCGAAUCAACCAAUGCUGGUGUGCAUCACUUUGAAAAGAUGGUGUCUGGUCUUUACCUGGGUGAAAUUGUGCGACAAAUCUUGGUGGAUUUGGUGGAUCGUCGUAUUCUGUUUGCUGGACGGUGUUCGUCGGAACUGAAUCAGCCGCAAUCAUUGCCUGUUUCUUAUAUGAAUGCCAUGGAACAAGACGAGUCGGAAGACCUGACCAAUGUUGAACAUAUCAUGGAAUCGAUCAUGAACAUCCCAAAGACGAGUCGUCACGAUCGUCACAUUGUAAAAAGAGUGUGUCAAUUGGUCUCUCAACGAGCCGCUCGUUUGGUGGCGGCCGGCAUGAGUGCCAUUAUCAAGAAAAGCGGGGCUUUGGAAACCGGUCUUACGGUGAGUGUGGAAGGCACCAUCUAUGAACACUAUCCCAGUUUCCCGAAUCGUGUCAACGAAGCUUUGCGUGAAUUAUAUGACAAGAAGUUUGAAAACAUCAACAUUGGCGUUACCCCCGAUGGCAAUGGUGUCGGAGCUGCUUUGGCCGCCAUGAUCGGCAGCUGUGAAUCAGCGAGAAACUGAAAAAAAACAGUGAUUGCCAGAUGCAAACUCAAGACUCAUAGCCUCUUGUAAAUGCUGGUUUGCCUAUCAGCAUCACUCUCACUAUGUAUAUAGCGAUUUUUUUACACCUUAAGAAAUGAAAUCCGCAGUUCAUGCGCAAACUUCAUUAUCAGUCUUUCUCUUUCAAGAAGUUUUUAACGCCUCAAAUUCGUUGAAAUGCAAGUAUAGAAAAAAAAAGGGUAAUAAAACCACCCUGGACGAAAAUAAGGCUGAUCGCGAAAUGGCGACGCGCAAGGUGUUGCGUCUCUGUGUUAUAUAAUUUUAGGCGACUUGCACAGCUCUCACGCCACAUGCUGUACCUAUCGCAGAGCUGGCUG